GCCUGAUCUCUUGCGCAUGCACAUGAUGUGAUAUGUUUCAAUAUGGAUGAUGAAAUGAAUCACAUGAUAUGAACAAUUUGUAAACAACAUGAUUGGAUAAAUAAACUUUAUUUUAUUUGGAUGAAAUUUGAUAAAAAUAUCAUUUAUUUAAGCUACGGGGCUCGGAACGGUCGACCGUUAGGCGCGACAGUCGACCUUAAACUUCAUCGCGUCAGAUGCCUCAUCGUCCUUCAUACCCUACUAUGGACCGUAAUGAGGUCCAAUUGAUUGAUGCUGUUUCUAGGACGAGGUUCGAUGAGUGGGGACACUCACGGGUGUUACACAAGUCUGUGUGUCUGGCUCAAGACACGCUGACAGACUAUGGCUAUGCAGACGAGAUGGCGGAGCUGCUUGAGGGGAGCAGAUGGCAGCGCCUGCUUCAGUUGAGGGCAGAGUCUAGCCUACCACUGACCAUCGAGUUCUUAUGCUCGAUAUCUACUAUCCCGGAGAUUGAGUCACGUCAGAUGACUCAUACCUUGAUCACUGCUGAUACUACAUUUGCCUUCACUCUUGCGGGCCAGUCAUUUCAGUUGACAGGGAAUGCACCGAUCCCACGGCCUAAGCAGUUGAUGAGGGAUUUAGAUGCCGGCAUGCUCCGGAAUGCUCACAUCCACGGGAGACUCUUUCCUAGCUCUUCUGAGAGCACUACAGCCUCUAGUGGCCGCACUUCACAUGAGAUUGGAGAGUCCUCCGAUCACUCACAGAGAUCGUCUCAGCGCCUUCCUCGUCGACGACCUACCAGAGCACAGUUGGCUCGCGCUCAGACAGAGGUAGCACCUGCAUGGGCCCAGCAGCUCUUGCAGAACCAGAACUCACUUAUGCAGUCCGUUGCGGUUUCGAAAACCCGGCAAACCUCCCUCCGCAUCAGCAGCAGCCCAGAGACGAUGAUCCCUCCACCUCCCGGCCUCCGCAAUUUUGAUGUUAUAGCUUUCUCGAGGGAGCACUCAUCUGACGAGAAGGAGUUCGUGAACAAGAAGAGUAAGGCGCGCUACUGGAUUCGGCCCAGCUGGAGGAUCCUAUCUUUUGUUCUUUCGACAUCCUUCUUUGGGAGGCCGUCGAACACUGAUAGGGUCUACGAGGAGGAUAUGACGCACUUGGUGUGUGGGUUCGUGAUUACACUGCUCUUUCGCUCCCUCAAGGGGAAUGCACCGAUCCCACGGCCUGAGCAGUUGAUGAGGGAUUUAGAUGCCGACAUGCUCCGGAAUGCUCACAUCCACCAGAGACUCUUUCCUAGCUCUUCUGAGAGCACUACAGCCUCUACUGGCCGCACUUCACAUGAGAUUGGAGAGUCCUCCGAUCACUCACAGAGAUCGUCUCAGCGCCUUCCUCGUCGACAACCUACCAGAGCACAGUUGGCUCGCGCUCAGACAGAGGUAGCACCGGCAUGGGCCCAGCAGCUCUUGCAGAACCAGAACACACUUAUGCAGUUCGUUGCGGUUUCGAGAACCCGGCAAACCUCCCUCCGCAUCAGCAGCAGCCUAGAGACGAUGAUCCCUCCACCUCCCGGCCUCCGCAGUGAUCUCCUACUUUCUCCAGAACUUUUUAUCUUAUUUGAGCUGGAAUUGAUGACUUGACUGGUUUAUUUGGAUUCCUGUUUGACUUCUUCUGAGUAGAAUAUGAGUAAACUAAUUUAGAUCAAGAACACACUCAAUUCCUCAAGAAAUGGCUCUAAAAAGCUAUGUAAAAGUUUAUGGAAUGAUGCAAUGUAAAGCUAUGAAAUGUGUGUGGAAUGGAUGUCAAAAGUAGACCCAAGUGACCCCUUUUUAUACCCAAAAACAAGGUAGAAACCAAGUAUAAAAACUUAAAAACCACUUCAUUACGGUAAAAACCACGGCUAGCCAAGUUUAUGCCGUUUCACAUGUUUUUCACCAAAAGACCAAAAACGAAAGGUGGUUUUUAACAUGUUUUUGUUGGAGAACCAUUUGGAUGUGUCCAGAAGUAAAAACCAAUCAUAAAAAUAUUAAAAACCACUUGGUUGGUUCGGACACCAAAAACCAACGCCGAUAACCAGCGCCAAAUGCCGAUAACCAACGCCGAAAAAACAAAGGUUAUGGUUUUUG